CUUAACCUCAAACAAUGUCAUUUCACUUCUAUGUGUGUAGAUAAAUAUACAUAUACUUCCACAUCUACAAGAAAACCUCAUUCCACUGAUACUGAUCAGUAUACACUACAACAGAGAGAGACAUUUAUUGAAAGAGAGAGAGAGAGAGAGAGAGAGAGGGAGGAAAAUGGAAUCCUCGGACAAGGUUGUGGAGACAGUGAUCGUAGGAAACUAUGUAGAAAUGGAGACUGAAGGUAAACCUAGAGAUAUCAAGUCAAAAGUAUCCAAGUUUUUCUGGCAUGGUGGCUCAGUUUAUGAUGCUUGGUUUAGCUGUGCUUCAAAUCAGGUGGCUCAAGUUCUUCUUACCUUGCCAUAUUCAUUUUCUCAACUGGGAAUGCUUUCUGGGAUUCUCUUUCAGCUUUUCUAUGGUUUACUGGGCAGUUGGACAGCUUAUCUCAUUAGCAUUCUCUACGUAGAGUACAGAACCAGAAAAGAAAGAGAAAAAGUUGAUUUCAGAAAUCAUGUUAUUCAGUGGUUUGAAGUUCUUGAUGGGCUGCUUGGGAAACACUGGAGGAACGUGGGUUUGGCAUUUAAUUGCACAUUUCUUAUGUUUGGAUCUGUGAUUCAACUCAUAGCUUGUGCGAGUAAUAUAUAUUACAUAAAUGAUAAUCUGGACAAAAGAACAUGGACUUACAUAUUCGGAGCUUGUUGUGCCACCACAGUGUUCAUACCUUCUUUCCACAACUAUCGAAUCUGGUCAUUUCUUGGCUUGUUAAUGACCACUUAUACUGCUUGGUACCUCACCAUUGCUUCACUUGUCCAUGGCCAGGUAGAGGGUGUGAAGCACUCGGGUCCAACCAAAUUGGUGUUGUACUUCACAGGAGCCACAAACAUUCUAUACACAUUCGGGGGACAUGCUGUUACUGUUGAGAUUAUGCAUGCAAUGUGGAAGCCACAGAAGUUCAAAGCCAUAUACUUACUGGCGACCCUUUAUGUAUUGACAUUGACGCUUCCAUCAGCAGCAGCAGUGUACUGGGCAUUUGGAGAUGCCCUUCUCAAUCACUCCAACGCAUUUUCUCUUCUUCCAAGGUCCCCUUUCAGGGACAUGGCUGUCAUUUUGAUGCUCAUCCAUCAGUUUAUAACGUUUGGAUUUGCAUGCACGCCAUUGUAUUUCGUGUGGGAGAAGGCAAUCGGAAUGCACGAGUGCAAGAGUUUAUGCAAGCGGGCGGCCGCAAGGUUGCCGGUGGUAAUACCCAUAUGGUUUUUGGCAAUUGUUUUUCCAUUCUUUGGUCCUAUUAACUCCACCGUCGGAUCGCUUCUUGUUAGCUUCACCGUCUACAUUAUUCCAGCUUUGGCUCAUAUGUUCACCUUCAGAUCACCCGCGGCUCGAGAGAAUGCAGUGGAGCAGCCAUCAAAGUACUUUGGAAAAUGGGUUGGCACUUACAUAAUCAAUAUAUUUGUGGUAGUUUGGGUGCUAAUUGUUGGUUUUGGAUUUGGUGGUUGGGCUAGCAUGACAAACUUCAUACACCAAAUUGACACGUUUGGACUUUUUACCAAGUGUUAUCAAUGCCCAACCCAAUUGCCACCAUCGCCACCACCUCAACUGCUUAAUGCCACCGCUCCUCUGCCACCUCCACCAGCCAACGUCAGUCUACCCCACCACCAUAUUCACAGCCGUUGAUCAACCAAAGGAACUAAAAUUUGUUUCCUUCUCCAUUAUCCCUGCCAAUCUUUAUCAACUACAUGAUCAUAGGCAGUGUAACCGCUUUCUGUAAUAGUUCAUCCAUUUUUGUUGCCUAUUUUCAGAAUGUAAUUUAGAUUUGAGCUUUGAUUUGUUAGUACUUGAAAAAUGGACCUUCUGGUUUAUGAAUGUUUUAGAGCUUUCGAAUUUCAAUAUGUAUGAACACAAGAAGUUUAACCUA